GUCAACAUUUGUUUUAGGUUUUUUUUUAAAUUAUUAUUAUUACGCUUUAGACCUACAAAAGUCGUUUAAAUAGGAUACUGUAAGAUGUAUUGAUUGCAUUCAUUUGUAAUCGAUUCACUUUUGCUCAACUAGCUUUGCCUUCAAGGCAGGAUAGCUGCUAACACAGUCACACGGAUCAUUUUAGUUGAUUAUUUCGUUACAUCUUAAAAUAUGGACCGACUGGGACCCUUUGGGAAUGACCCGUUUGAUAAACCCCCAUGCAAAGGAUGUUCUUCUUACCUCACUGAACCGUACAUUAAAUGCGCAGAGUGUGGACCCUCUCCCUUUCUGAUCUGCCUUCAGUGUUUUACACGAGGAUUUGAAUACAAGAAGCACCAGAGUGAUCACAAGUAUGAAAUUAUGACCUCAGACUUCCCAGUGCUGGAGCCUGGGUGGACAGCCCAAGAAGAAAUGGCUCUUCUGGAAGCAGUUAUGGAUUGUGGAUUUGGAAACUGGCAGGAUGUAGCAUAUCAAAUGCGCACAAAAGCCAAAGAAGAAUGUGAAAGCCACUACAUGAAGAAUUUCAUCAAUAAUCCCUUGUUCUCUUCCACUUUACUCAGCCUGCAAAAAACUAAAGACUCACAUUUUGCAGAUACCGCAAUUCCAUUUAAACCCACAGAUGACCCACCUCGUCCCACUUUUGAGUCAGUGCUAUCUCGAGAUAUGGCUGGAUACAUGCCUGCAAGAGCUGACUUCAUGGAAGAGUUUGACAACUAUGCAGAAUGGGACUUGAAGGACAUUGACUUUGUAGAUGAUGACUCUGAUGUCCUACGUGCACUCAAGCUUGCAGUUGUUGAUAUCUAUCAUUCAAGAUUAAGGGAGAGGCAACGGCGGAAAAAGAUUAUCCGAGACCAUGGUCUCAUCAACUUGCGGAAAUUUCAGAUACUGGAACGUUGUUAUCCAAAAGAAGUGCAAGAAAUGUAUGAUGUGAUGAGGCGCUUUGCUCGAGUGGUGGGGCCAACUGAACACGAUAAAUUCAUAGAAAGUAAUGCGUUGGAGUUUGAGUUGAGAAAGGAGAUUCACAGACUACAGGAGUACCGGAAAGCUGGAAUCAAAUCUUUUUGCAGUGCAAAGGUGUAUGAUCGUGUGAAGCGAGUGCGAGAGGAGGAGCGCAGAAAGAGGACCAUGCUGUCAGACGUGCUGCAGUAUAUCCAGGAUAGCCGAGCGUGCCAGCAGUGGCUUAGCAAACAAGCUGCAAUAGACGCCGGCAUUACUCCACCUGUCACAACGCUCACGGUCUCAGGUAAAAAAUGUUUUGUCAAAUACAUUUUCAUCUAUGGACUACUAUGUCAGUUGUUAUUGUGCUAUUAUCUCUUCAUUAAGAUGUUUUUAAUGUUAAGUCUUAUUCAACGUUCUACAGCUUCAGGUAGGCGCAGUGCCCCUCCCCUGAACCUCACAGGACUGCCGGGAACAGAGAAGCUCAAUGAGCGAGAGAAAGAGCUAUGCCAGGUGGUACGUCUGGUGCCAGGAGCCUACCUCGAGUAUAAGCAAGCUCUACUGAACGAAUGCAGACGGCAAGGAGGGCUACGCCUCGCUCAAGCCAGGGCGCUAAUCAAGAUCGACGUCAACAAGACACGCAAAAUAUAUGACUUUCUCAUCAAGGAGGGCUACAUUACUAAGGCCUAAAGGCACCGUGGACACUAAAUACUAUUGAUUAUUUCAUAUAUCAUUGUACUGUAAAAUAAUUGUAAGAAAACGAAUCCAGUUGCUGCUCUUUUAAAAUACAUUAUAUCUAAAUGUUA